CGUACAAUGCUGCAAAUUCAUAUUACUUACUUCUUGAACAAAUAUUGUCAAAAAUAAAAGUAACAGCUGGGAAUACUUACAAGGAACACAAUCCAUGCGGCUGAUGGCAGCGGCAUCUCGUGUGCAAGCUGAAGAAACUGCGAUGGGUUUCAAAAUUGUCAGCGAGAAGUGGAGAUAGAAUUGUAUUUCUUCAUAUUUGCAGCCACAGAAACGACAUGCAAAUGAGAAAUUCACCUGGAACAUCGCUGUUCGCGUGAAAAUCGGUAAUACUCAUCGUAGAUGGGACAGGUGCUCAAAAAGAUAUCGGAAAAUGCAGAGAGGAACGAAGAUGGGCACCCUGAAGGGUUUCCAGACCUUGCGAGUUGGCCGCCAGAGCUGAGCCUGGCAGUGCUUUCUCAUUUAAAUGCAACUGAUCUGUGUCUUGCAUCCUGUGUUUGGUCGGGGCUAGCCCAAGAUGAAGUAUUAUGGCACAGUCUGUGUGUCAAUCAGUGGCGCUACACUAGCAUCUACAAAGAACCAAAGGUACCUGGUUUCUCAUACAGGCGUUUGUACCUCCAGCUGGAUGAGGGCACAGUGACAUUUAAUGCUGAUGCAGAGCUGGGAAUGCAAUAUUUCAUCAAGCAAGGCCUUGUAAAGGAUGUCUCCACUGAAAUUGCAAGGUUUCUUCAUCACACCAACCUCCUCAAUUCUCGCCAAAUGCGGAUAUACUUAGAGAAAAGUGAUCCUCGGAGGCGCCAAGUGCUCGACCAUCUGAUUGAGUUGCAGAACUAUGAGAACCAGUUCCUGCCCCAAGCGUUGCGGCGAUUCUUCAGGAGCCUGCAGGCACCGAACACGCAGAACAACUACCUCAGAGCUCUCUUGGAGAAAUUUUCGUUACGUUUUUGCAACUGCAAUCCGCACUUGGGGCUCAACUCAGAUAUGGUCUACAUUCUGUGCUUCUCCCUUAUCAUGCUUUCCGUGGACCUCAGCAGUCCACACAUCAAGAACAAAAUGUCUAAGCGAGAAUUCAUCCGCAACGUCCGACAGGCGAUACGUCGCCAGGAUGAUGAACUUUUUGGGCACCUCUACGACGAUGUCUAUCUACGCGGGCAUGUCGCACCAAACUCGGAGGACUGAGUGACUCUUCAGUAUUCUCGAAGGAUGCCUGCGCAGAUAGGGAAGUUAGUGAGCUUAUCAAAUCAUGGUUUGUUGGAAUGAAUUGAUUUUUUGGAGUUAUUCCCUCAAAGGUUGUGAGUGAAUUUUUGUUGCAGAGGAGUGCAGGCUUACAUGUUUCAUUUUCUCUCUCCAUUGAGGUUGUUUUUAAAAUAUUAGGAAGGGAUUCGGCCAAAGUAAAUGUGGUUCCAGGUUUUAAUUGCACUUCGUCGUGUUAUUUCUGCCCGUCACCGUGUUUUGCAUUCUGUGGUUGCUCGAAACCUAGCACAACCAUGUGCUUUUAGAAACAAAGGAAACAGCAUAUCUAGACAGCCUCACAAGCAACCAAAUUUUCUUUUCCUUUUCAUCUCUCAUUGUUUUUGUUUUUUGUGUGUGUGAUGCCUGGAUUUCAUUGCAAUAUAAUACUAUCAUACUCUAGCCUUGCUGCCUUUCAGUGAGAGGUAUGCACAUAGUUUUCUGCUAAUGUCAGGGCUCUGCUUUGCCACCAAGAAUCUGGAUCUAAGUUUUGUUUUUUGAGUGGCAAUCCUGAGCACCUGUUGCCAAAUAUUGUAGAUUUCAACGCGUUUUUUUUUUUUUUUAAAUCGGUAUGUAGGCACUGCAAGGUAGGCCACAAUGCAUUUCUUGUAUAUAGCAAAUUUUUUAGUGAGCAACUUGUGCAGCCAAGAUGCAAAGUAUGUACAGAACAGUCUGCAACUGUAGAGUAUAUUGUCUUUACCCUCAUUUUAAAAAUACAUACUUAUAUGUAUUAGAAUGUCAAGCCCCAUAGCCAACGUUAAGUUUGAUCUACGGAGAAGGGAUACCGGAGGUCGAGAUCUGCCGAUGGUUUCAACGGAAGCCUGUUCAUCUGCUGCACCCAGCAGAAGAACAGUCUUCUGUUCAUAAUAUCGAUGCAUCUCCAAUGUGAACUUUGCCUCUUAUUAACUGGGCAUCUUCUUUUCCCACCUGCUAGAUUAAUGUUACACUAGCUGUGCAUUCAAUAUUACAUGGUGCAGUCAAGUAGCUCAAUUACAAUGACGCAAGACAUAUAUUUAGACGUAGCCACUGUUGCCCCCAGUUUUUGCAUGCUGAAUAAACGCUGUUUCAACGUUUUACGACAUUAACCAGGAAAUAUCGAUUUAUUCUAGUGCGCUAGCCAUGGCAGGACACGCUAGUAUUUUUAAUCUUACAAAAACGGACUCGUGGACAUGUGUGUGCUGUAGGCAGCCAUUGUUGUAAUGUGUUACUCUCAUUGCACCAGGAUUCACGCUGAUGUAGCCUAGCUGGUAGCAUUUCAGUAAACAUGGAAGCGUGAAAAUCAUCAGAUUCUACUGUAUAUACAUUUGUGCAGAAAUGUGAGACAGCUGUCAGAUCUGUGACAACCUACAAUGUUCUGUAGACCACCUUAGAAUAUGCAUACGUUGAACAAAUGUUGUUCCAUUUAUCUUACAUGCUUUUAUAGAAGUUGUAAAUAAUUGUACAUAUGCAAAAUAGUUCUGCACCGUGCAAACCAUAUCCUAGCUGCAGCUAAACGCCUCCUAGUCAUUUGAAGUUGUGAUUGAGACACAGCUAGUCUGUGGAUUGGACAUAGUUCAAAUUAGUUAUCUAUCUUGCCUUAUGCUGUCACUGAGUUCAAAAACAGAGAAUAAAAUUAUGAUGACAAGGCAA